AUGAACUCAGACCAGCAACAACAACAACAACAACAACAACAAACUGAACACUCCAAACGACGCAGGUAUCGUAUCCCACGGAGUUGCGAUCGAUGUCGGGCCAGCAAAGUCAAAUGCGUCUUUGAGAAUGGGCGCUGUAAUGCUUGCGCUAAGGCCGGACUGACGUGCACGUUUGCCAACCCGGGCAGCUUGACCGAACGACCACCGACCUACAAGGAUGUCGAACAACUCACGGCCAGGAUCAGGUCAUUAGAACGACUGCUUCAUGCGGUAGAUCCGACGAUCGAUCUGAAUGACUUGCCCAACCCAUUCCGACUAGCCUCACGAUUCUAUGAUGAGUCCUCGUUGUCUACGACGACCAAUCCUCUAUCUCCCCAGAACCGCUGCGCCUCGACAUCCAAACUAACGACGGUCCAAGAGCGUGAAGAGGCUCGGACUGAUCAGAUUCCUCCAAGUAGCGAGCCAUCGAGCAGAAGCUUCCCAGGCUCGGCAAUAGUCUUGACCGGAUUCGAUGGGCUUCGGGUGCCCUCGAAGGCCCCGAUCACGACGGCCCAUUGGAGCGAGCCGGACAAGAGCAAGCCGAUGGGCGAGUACACCGGGGUGACCAUCCAGCCGGAGAGCUACAUCGGACCCAACUCGCUCUUCAGCACACCCGAGGCCGCGGCCUUCCGGCUGCCCAAUCUACCGCCCAUCAGUAACACCCUACCGGCCUAUCCAGUCGACCAAUUCAUCCGGACCCGUCGCGCCGAAUAUGUGGCCACUACGACCUGCUUCUAUCCCGACCCCGACCUCGAACUGGAGCUGAUCAGGAUCUACUUCCAACACUUCCACCCCCUCAUUCCUAUCAUCCAUCCCCCCACUUUCCAUGCGCUCCAUCAAUCCGGACUGGCCCACUCCGAUAAAUCCUUCAGAGCGCUCUGCUUGCUCAUCUUCUCAAUCGCUAGUCGUCAUUCUCCUGACCCGAGAGUCUUGUUCGAUCUCGCCGGAAACCCGCAAUCUUCUCGGCAAUUCUGCGGCUUGCGUUACGCUUAUGCCGCCUAUCUGUCCCUCUUUCAACUCUUCGAUCAUCAGACUUCGCUCUUCGAGUUGCAGGCUUUCGUCCUCUUGGUGGUCGCCUCUCUUGGGGCUCUUCAACCUACGAUCUCUUGGAUCUUCGUCGAACAGGGCUUACUACGCGCUCAAGAAUCUGGCGCUCAUCGUGAAGUACAUAAACGUUGGAAUUCGAAUCCACUGCAAGAUUAUCUACGUCGACAGGCGUUUUUUCAGCUCUAUGAAUUGGAUCAUAAGAUCAGUGCGACAUUGGACCGAACGCCGUCGAUCGAAGCCGAGGAUUUUGAUCUGAAGCCGCCACUUCCACAACCAGGGGACCCGUUUGGGAUCUUCAUCAAUCCGUAUAGUCCGAUCCCACGGGAGGUCCGAGAGAUCUACAUCGGCUUCGAUGUCGUCCGGGUCUCGCUCUUGCAAGUCGGCUCGCUCCACUCCAUGUUGCCCUUGCUCAACCUGAUCAAGGCAGAUAAAAACUCCCCCAAGGCCGCCAGCUCCGCUAAGACACUCAAAAACCUCGUCGAUCAGAUCGAUAAACAGGCCGCCAAAUGGUUCGAUCAGCUUCCUCUCUUCUUGAAACGCUCGAAUGUCGAAAGCGGUCCUGAACAAUUGAUGUUCUCCGUCCUCGUCACUACGUCAUACUACGAAUUCCAACAAUUAAUCCAUCGAACCUUAUUCGAUUAUGAGGAAGGAAGCGAGCGUCACAAUGGGACGGGAGCCGACGGGGAAGUGGGGGCAGGAGCCGGAGUCGGCGGGCGAGUGGGAGGAGGGGGCGGGGGAGAGAAAAGGAAGAGGCCGCACAUGAGUCGAUGUGUGAAGUAUGCGGUCUCGGCGAUCCAAGAGAUGAGCAAGCUGCGUCUGCGCGGCCUGCUCACCAGCACCUUCUUCUGGCUGCCCGCUAGAAUCACCCUCGCCGUUAUCCUCCUGAUUUGCUCGAUUCGGAAACAGCGCAAGUUCAUCAAUAGGCUCGAGGAUCUUAUGCGUAGAGAUCAUAUCUCCUUGGGCAUUCAGAUCUUGGAUGAACUCGCGCCUAGUGCACAUACAGCCACCGUAUAUUCGAAGACCUUGAAGAUCUUGGUCGACUUGUUAGAAGUCGAGAACCCGUCUGUCUUAGAAUCCCUCGCCAGUCCGCCCUCAGACGAGACCGACAACAACAGUCCGUCGCCGCCCUCCGUCCCGCCGUCUGCCCCUCCUCCCCCUCCUGUCCCUGUUGUUGCUAUUGCUGGCGGUGCUGCUGCUGCUGCUGCUGUCGCUUCCAACUUGCCGCCGCUUGGAAACGUUAAUCCUCCCGCUAAUUUACCUCACAAUCUAACAGGAAAUCUUCCUGGAAAUCCAACGGGAAAUCUUCCUAGAAACCCUAGUGCAGGACAUUCAUUUGUCAAUCUGACGCGCAACCCUGACCGCUCAACUGAUCCAAUGAACGCUCGACCGACCCAUCCAGCGCCCGCCCAAGUCCGUCCUCUUCCCCGGACCCUCCCCGUCUACAACGAGCACAUUCGUCCGCAGGUCCCAGAGCUUCUCGGCCCUUCCGAUGAGACCAGCUGGGACCCCCUCGAAAUCUCCGCUUUGGCCUUCGACGACCCCGAUCUCGGCCUCCUCUCGUCCCCCUUCAUCCCCCCCAAUCCGCCCCAUUUCUCGCCCCACAAUCAUCCGUAA